AGAGCUAUUAUUUUAUGUGUCUUGCUAACAGUUUUCUCCUCAUGUCAUCGCCAAAAAAGUUUGACACUGUGGAUAAUUGUUAUUUUAUAUUAGUGUCUCCUUUGCUCGGCCUGAAAAUGGGGCUGUUAUUGUCAAUAUUGGCGCUUUAACACCGGACUUUGGGCUUGACAGCGUUGAACCGGAAGUAUUAAGCUUGUUUACGUCUUUCAAAAUAGUUAGAUUGUAGUUUUUCAGUUUACUGUCCUGUUGUUGUUGACACACUCUUCUCUCUAUGCCUUGAGCUUUUUGUUAUUUCAAACGGAUUACAAUGACAAACGAGGAAGGUGAAACGUCUCAGUUUUACAUCUGUGACUGUUUUACCACAGAUAAUAUAUUUCUGAAUGACUACAAACUUCAUGUCAGUUUUGUAACCGAGCAGCAGUUCCGACUGGACUAUGAAACAGUGAGUGAAUCUCGCUCGUGUUUUACAUGGGACAAUAUAAAUUAAACGACAGUCAGUGAACCUGUUUAACAAGUAUGUGUUUCAUUCUCUACCUAAGAUACUCAGAAGGUCGGGCUGUGUGACUGAACAACAGUUUGAGGAUGUUCUCAAUAAGGUAAGAAAGUAAACUGGGUCCAGUGAAAGAGCAAGCUUCUCAUUAAUGUACCUAAGCAAGUAUUUACUCUACAUUAAAAUCAGCUUCACUACACUAAGGCCAAUCCCCAAAGAAGUGCACCAAACUGAGCAGUUAUAUACAGAGGAUGCAGUUUCUCUGUUGUGCGAUAACAUUGUUUCAAAGCUAUGUUUCCUGAAAACAAAUUUGCAGUCUCACAUUUAAGGAGUUAUAUUCAGUGAUGCUUCUACACCAAUGAUUUUAACUGUUAUGAUCAGAUCUCGCAGGAAGUGGACCGACGAAAGCAUCUCAGAGAGACUUCUGUCCAAAGAGCUGCUACUAUUAAAGAGCAGUACCAGCCCCUCCAUCCUCAUGUUUACAAUCUUCAGGUAUGAACUUCAUCAAUCAGGGCACAUUAAGUCAUUAAUUUAAGCUUUUCUCUAAAGCACUCAUCUUUUUCAUAGGAGUCCUACCUUGCGCCAAAGUUCAAAGAAAUUGUUGAUUACUGUCGAAGCAGAAACACAAGAGAGGAAGGUCUUCUGGACCUUUUAGUGGAAGAGGCAGGUAAGAUCUAGAGUAAUCUCAUUUGUUCUCAGUAGCUAUGGUUCAUACAAGGAAUAAAAACUCACUUUUAAUACAGAAUAUGGAACAUUUUUAAGAGCCCACUACUUGUAAUGCAUCAUUAGCUCAUUUAUAAAGCAUCAAAAAUCCAUUUAUAGUAUUUAUUUUUUAUACAUCUAUGAAAUUUCUAAUAUAGUAUCCAUAUAAUAAAAUCUCAACAUCAAACUUAUGAACAGAGAAUUAUCUUUAUCUCUCCUCUCUGUUGUACCAGCAAGGGUGUACCGCUUCCCUGUGUUUGAAAAAAGGUUCUGCGAGGAGCUUCUGGAGGAGCUGGAGCACUUUGAGCAGUCCUCUGCCCCAAAAGGAAGACCCAACACCAUGAAUCGAUACGGGGUAGUGCAUCAAUUCUCAAACCCUUGGCCGAAACCUUUGAAACACCAUUUAAUCACUGCUUUUUUAUCUCUAUGGCACAUUGACAUUUAAUCCUUGGCCUACUAUUUUCCUGUCAAUCAUAAAACACUUUGUUAAAUUAAUUAGAUGUUUUUCAAUUGGUAAUUUAAUUCCUAUGAAGUUAAAGAAAAUUCUCAAUAACCAAAUAGGAUAUUACAUAUUCUGUAAGUCAUUUGAUAUAUGAUCUUUUACUCCUUUGUCUCAUCAGAUCCUCCUGAAUGAAAUAGGCUUUGAUAAGAACUUCAUCACUCCCCUUCGUGAGCAGUACCUGCAUCCACUUACCUCCCUGCUAUACCCAGACUGUGGGGGACACUGCCUGGACAGCCACAAGGCCUUUGUUGUGAAAUAUGACCUGAAUGAAGACCUUGACCUGAGCUACCAUUAUGACAACGCAGAGGUCACCCUCAAUGUCGCCCUCGGGAAGGAUUUCACUGAAGGCAACCUUUAUUUUGGCGAUAUGAGACAAGUGAGCAGAGGAGCAAAUUAUUUCUAAGAUUGCAUUUAUAGUUGUUUUCAGAGCUACACUAUAAUGAAACAGCUGUUUUGUGAUUGUAUAAGAAAAUGAAACACAGUAGUUGAAUGCACAGUAGUAAAUACACUUAAGAGUACAUCCAUACACAGAAAACGCCACAUCAUGGCUUAAGUUUGUGGUUUUGAUCAUCCCUUCAGGUUCCUUUAGGUAUGACAGAGUGUUCAGAGGUUGAACACAGGGUGAGUGAGGGCCUCCUCCAUCGGGGCCAACACAUGCACGGGGCCUUACCCAUCUCCUCCGGUCAGCGCUGGAACCUGAUUAUCUGGAUGAGAGCGUCACAAGAACGUAACAAACUUUGCCCCAUGUGCAACAGAAAGCCAACACUGGUUAAGGAAGAUGGCUUUGCUGAUGGGUUCACCAAAAGCUGCUGAAACUUGCAACAGGCCCGGUCGCUGACGGGCUUAAAUAUCGCAUCUGUGUGUUGAAUUUAAAAUUCAUGACACUUUUUAAUCAUACAGGUAUCUAAACAUGUAAAAAUUCUGUUUGAUUAAUUGUCACUUCUAUUAAAUGAUGACAGUUUACUCACAGGGACAGCAGAUAAAUGAUAAAAUCUUUCUAAAGACACUUUUUAACUUAAUUUGAAAACAAAGUUGUAAAAAUUUUUAUUGCAAUGGUUCUUUAAAUUAUUAUAUUUGUUUAGGGGUACUGUUUGAUUAUAUAUUUUAUAUUUUUGAUAUUAUAGUGCCAACUGUUCUGUAUUUUACUGCACAGAUCUCUAUCUUUGUCUCUUUAAAACAAAUACAAUUCAAACUCCUGUUAUCAGUUUAGUUUGUUCUGAUAUCUGUCCUGUGCUGAUCAGAUUAAACUCUACUUUUUAUGAGUGUUGCAUCACUAUAAAGUAUUUGACUAAAAAAUGCAAAAGAACAAUAUUAAGAUGAAGUAUUAAGUAUUACAAUCCCUGUGUUGUCAGAAUAACAGUAAAGCUUUACGGAACACCCGUAGAACCAAAUACCUGAAGAGGACUGACUACUCAACAGGAAGGAAAAUGAAUGGUCUAAAAAAAAACUUCUACUUUGCAGCUGUCACAUAAAGAAAAAAAUAGAGAACCAUCACUUUUUCGUGAAAAAUGUUGAAUAACAGCAGGGCCAGUAUUUGUUUAUUGCUGAAAUCUACAGAACAAAUUCAAUAUGAUGAUGAUUCUGUGUGUUACUCAGGUCACAAUCAGCAUCAGUAGCAAGCUGGUGUAUCAGCUUGAAAUGGAGAAUUUAAAUUAAAUUUUACACUUUUCUUACUUAUUUUAGUCUUAGUCAAGUCAAGUCAAUGUUUAUUUAUAAAGCACCUUUAAAAGACAGCAGUCAAACAAAGAGCUGCACAUGGGAUAAAUAAAAGAAGUAAAUAAAUAGAUAGCAAUAAAAUUAAAAACAGUAGAAUAAAAUACAGUCAGUAAAAGAAUAAAAGCUGCAGUGCCUCUGAUUCCUGUGUGCUCAUUUAUUAAAAGCAAGGGAGAAAAUAUGGGUCUUUAAAGAUGAUUUAAAAGACCCUGAGAGGCUCUAAUAUGGCAGCAGGUAAAAUGUUCCACAGUUUAGGGGCAACCGCUGAAAAGGCCCUGUCACCUCUAGACUUGAGUCUGGUUUUCGGGCUCCGGCUGGGGGGUGGUGAUACAGGAGCUCGGACAGGUAAGGAGGGGCAAGACCAUUGAGGGCUUUAAAAAUAAUUAAAAGAAUUUUAAAAUCAAUGCGGAAGGGGACUGGGAGGCAGUGAAGGGUUACUAAAAUAGGAGUUAUGUGGUCGUGCUUUUUCUUGUCAGAGCAGCAGCGUUUUGAAUGAGCUGAAGGCGGUUAAUGGAUGACUUGCCCAAGCCUGCAUAUAGGGAGUUGCAGUAGUCUAUACAUGAAGUUAUAAAGGCAUGAAAAGUUUUCUCAAGAUCAGCCUUCAAGAAUUAAUUCUGACCCCAGCGGGUAACAGACAAGGAUGAUGAAAAACAGAUGUGACCACACCAUUUGUUUGGAAACUUGAGGAGAAAAGAAAUCCACCUUAAACAAGACAGGUCACAUUAUUCAGGAUUUUUAAUUUUAAUAACAUGAUUUUUUUCUGACAGCAUGAACAUAUUUCAUGUGUGCAUUUCUUUGUUUUUAAAAUGCAUGUGUUUUAUUGGCAGACAAGUGACUUUUUUUUAACAUGUAGACAGUAAAAGAACAUAAAUAAACCUGUAUGCAACAUCACAA